CUCGUAGUGCUGCAGCUGUGGCUGUAACAGCCUACUGUGGAUUACUCUUCGGCAUGCGCUGAUAAUGACCACUGACUUUGGCUGGGCCGUGAACGCGCGCUCCGCGAGCCACGGUCAUUUCUCUAUACCGUGUGUGUGAAUGGUCGCUCCCUGGGUGCCGCUGCGCGCAGCCUUUACCGAUCGGCCGUGGUUCAGUGUUCAGAGCAUGCCCGCUCGCCCCGCCGUUUCUCGGGUCCGAAGAGAAGCAACGGAAGACGUGCCGUUUGCGCACAGCCGUAUUCAUCCGGUUUUGGUCCAUUUUGGGGGUUUGCUUUUUUUCUUUCCCCCCCCUUUUUUUUUGCCAGUCAGCACUGUUUGCCUGUAACGACCACCAGCGCAGAACGGAUGGUUCCGUUUGAUUCCACGAUUUUGGUGAGAUGCUGAACUGGAGGCUUCUUGCCUGCCCUCUCUAUCAGCUCAUCCCCUCGUGCUGUCAUCUCACUUCGCGUUCAAUAGUGGCUUGACAGGAUAGUCAGGGCAAAAACAAACAAACAAAACAAGAAAAAAGAGCGAGAGAGAAGCAUGCAAUAAACAAGUGUCAAGUAGCUUCGGGCUGGUUCGGUUGGAGGGAAGGAAAAAGUUCAAGUUGAAGAAGGAGGAUUAUGCAGUGAGUGCCGCACGUAACUAUAAACAGGUGACUGAAGUGGAGACUGACAUUAGGGAGGCCCUUAGGAGAGCCCUUCCUCUCCCGUCACUGCCUUCUCCUCCGUCUACUCUGUCUUCUUCUCGCUGCAUUCAACCCCCCCACACAACAUCAGCAUGGAUCUGAAGGACCGCAGAAAUCGCUCACUGACCAGGGGCCGCUGCUCCAAAGACUCCCAGUAUAACACCUCCUCCCUGGACGCCGAUGAGUGUCGUGUGCCUACCCAGAAGUCCUACAGCUCGAGUGAAACGCUCAAGGCCUUCGACCAUGAGCAGAGGCUGCACUACGGCGGGUGUGUGACGGACCUGGUUCACCAUGAAGCUGAUGAGUAUUCUAGGCAAGGCCUCCUGGAGUUUUCUCCUGUCCUCCUGCGAUACUUCAUCUCAGGGGGCAACUUCACCCUGGCUGAGCUCGGAGUGUGCGAGCCGUCUCCCCCUCCGCACCCCGCCGCUGUUCCCUACUGUCCCGACCUCGGCCUACUCCAGCGGGGUUACUCCCUUAGCGCUGGCUCUGAUGCCGACUCAGACCCCGAGGGGCCGCUGUCUCCAGAGCGGGCCAUCCAGCUGUGGGCCGGACGAGGAGGGGUAAAGUCCCGCCGAAGCUCAGGAGUGUCCAGUCGCGAGAACUCAGCCCUCACCCUCACUGACUCUGAGAAUGAUAACAAGUCCGAUGAUGAGUCAGGUCGUCCACUCCCUCCAACCUCUUCCUCCACCCUGCUCCCUCCGUCCCUCCCGUCCUCCUCGUCUGCCCCCCACCACCCCUCCCCCGGCCCGUCCCCACCGAUCAGGGAAUGCCAGGUGCCCCUGCUGGAGAAAAACUCCACCCACUCUCACCUGGAGCCCCACCCGGAGGAUUCAUACUUGCUCCGGGCCCAGCCCUCGUCCACUGGGGCUGCCAACCACCAGAGUCAGACCACGCUACGACCUCCACUGCCCCCUCCACACAACCACCACACUUUGUCCCACCAGUCUGCCAACAGCCUGAACAGAAACACCCUGAGAGGCGGACGAAACCCCAUUCACGCACCCGCUCCAGGGACGGGAGAUGGUCCGACCACCCCUGAGUCUGUCCAGUUACAAGACAGCUGGGUGCUUAACAGUAACGUGCCGCUGGAGACCAGGCAUUUUUUGUUCAAGACGUCGUCAGGGACCACCCCUCUCUUCAGUAGCUCCUCCCCCGGAUACCCCCUGACCUCGGGAACAGUGUAUUCUCCACCGCCUCGCCUGCUACCCAGAAACACCUUCUCCCGCUCAGCCUUCAAACUAAAGAAGCCGUCCAAGUACUGCAGCUGGAAAUGUGCCGCGGUGACAGCCAUCGCAGCCGCUGCCUUGCUGGCCAUCCUGCUGUCUUACUUCAUUGCAAUCAACUUGCUGGGUUUGACGUGGCAGCUGAAGCCAUCCGAUGGCCCCGUGUUGAACAACGGACUGGGAGCUGGUCUGCCUGUCAACAGCGAUGUGGCCACACUGCCCUCUGGAGGGAGAGGUCCAUGGGCAGGCCGGAACAGCAGUAUAGACUCAGGCAGCAUCGAGGUUGGGAGGCGGGUGACCCAAGAAGUCCCUCCGGGAGUGUUUUGGAGGUCCCUGCUCCACCUCAGCCAACCACAGUUCCUGAAGUUCAACAUCUCCCUCGGCAAAGAUGCCCUUUUCGGGGUGUACAUCCGCAAGGGCUUGCCUCCUUCGCAUGCGCAGUACGACUAUAUGGAGCGCCUCGAUGGGAAGGAGAAGUGGAGCGUGGUGGAGUCUCCACGGGAGAGGAGGAGUAUCCAAACCGUGGUCCUCAAUGAGGCGGUGUUUGUCCAGUACCUGGACGCCGGUGCCUGGCACCUGGCCUUCUACAACGACGGUCGGGAGCGAGAGACGGUUUCCUUCAGCACGAAUGUCAUGGAUUCAGUGCAAGAGUGCCCGCGCAAUUGCCAUGGCAACGGAGAGUGUAAUUCUGGUGUGUGCCACUGCUUCCCAGGAUUCCAUGGCAUGGACUGCUCCAAAGCGGCAUGCCCGGUCCUGUGCAGCGGCAACGGCCAGUACGACAAGGGCUCCUGUGUGUGUUACAGCGGCUGGAAAGGACCCGAAUGCGACGUCCCUGUCACACAGUGCAUAGACCCUCUUUGCAGCGGCCACGGCACCUGCACUGAUGGAAACUGCGUGUGCUCCGUCGGUUACAAAGGGCCAAACUGUGCAGAGGUGGACUGCAUGGAUCCAACAUGUUCCAACAAUGGCAUCUGUGUGAACGGGGAGUGCCACUGUAAACCAGGCUGGGGAGGACUCCACUGCGAACUGCCCAGGGCCCAGUGCCCAGAUCAGUGCCAUGGCCACGGUGCCUUCAUACCAGACACUGGGCUGUGCAGCUGUGACCCCAACUGGAUGGGACCCGACUGCUCCAUGGAGGUCUGCUCAGUGGACUGUGGAACCCACGGAGUGUGCAUGGGCGGAGCCUGUCGCUGUGAGGAAGGCUGGACCGGUGCAGGCUGUGACCAGCGUGUGUGCAACCCUCUCUGCAUCAAACAUGGAACCUGCAAGGACGGGAAGUGCCAGUGUCACCAGGGCUGGAACGGAGAGCACUGCACCAUCGACCAUGGGAGCAUGGUUGACAAAGCAGAUGGCUGUCCUAACUUGUGUAACGGUAACGGCCAGUGCACCAUGGGCCAGCAGAGUUGGCAUUGUGAAUGUCAGACGGGGUGGAGGGGCCCUGGUUGCAGUGUUGCCAUGGAGACCUCCUGUGCCGACAACAAGGACAACGAAGGAGAUGGACUGACAGACUGCAUGGACCCAGACUGCUGCAUCCAGAGUCCCUGCCAGAACAGCCCCCUGUGCCGGGGCUCCCGGGACCCUCUGCUAGUCAUCCAGCAGAGCCCGAUGUCCCAGCCACGAGUCCGCUCCUUCUACGACCGCGUCAAGAUGCUUGUGGGACGGGACAGCACCCACAUCAUCCCUUUGGAAAACCCGUUCAACUCCAGCUUGGCAUCUCUAAUUCGGGGUCAGGUGUUGACUACAGAUGGAACCCCUCUGGUGGGGGUGAACGUGUCUUUUGUCAACUAUCCCCACUACGGAUACACGCUGACACGGCAGGAUGGAAUGUUUGACCUGAUAGCUAAUGGUGGUGCAUCACUGACCCUUCGGUUCGAGCGCGCCCCCUUCCUGAGCCAGGAGCGCACCGUGUGGCUGCCCUGGAGCCAGUUUUAUGCUAUGGACACUCUGGUGCUUAAGACAGAAGAGAACACGAUCCCAGGCUGUGACCUGAGCGGUUUCGUCAGGCCUGACCCACUUGUGAUUGCAUCCCCUCUCUCCUCCUUCUUCAGCUCCAAGCCAGGGGAGAAACCCAUCAUACCGGAGACACAGGUGCUGCAUGAGCAGAUCGAGGUGCCUGGCACAAGUUUAAAGCUGUGCUACCUAAGCUCCAGGACCCAAGGUUAUCGCUCCCUCCUCAAGGUCACCAUGACUCCAGCUGUGGUGUCCAUGGGCCUUCUGAAGGUUCACCUGAUGGUCGCGGUGGAGGGCCACCUCUUCCAGAAGUGGUUCCACGCCUCGCCCAACUUGGCAUAUACCUACAUCUGGGAUAAGACAGAUGCAUACGGGCAAAGGGUCUACGGGCUUUCCGAAGCUGUCGUGUCAGUGGGCUAUGAGUAUGAGUCAUGUGCCAGUCUCAUCCUCUGGGAGAAGAGGACGGCCCUCCUGCAGGGCUACGAAUUGGAUCCCACAAAUCUGGGUGGCUGGUCGCUCAACAAGCACCACAUACUCAACACACGCAGUGGCAUCCUUCACAAAGGCAGCGGGGAAAACAUCUUUGUGACAGAGCAGCCUCCGGUAAUCACGAGCAUCAUGGGGAACGGCCGCAGGCGCAGCAUCUCGUGCCCCAGCUGCAACGGCCUCGCAGACGGCAACAAGCUGCUGGCUCCGGUUGCUUUGGCAAUGGGCAUCGAUGGCAGCCUGUAUGUCGGGGACCUCAAUUUUGUGCGCCGGGUCUACCCAUCUAUGAACACAACUGGCAUCCUGGAACUGAGGAACAAAGAUUUCAGACACAGUAAUAACCCAACCCAUAAAUACUUUAUGGCUGUGGAUCCGGUAUCUGGGGCGCUGUUUAUCUCAGACACAAACUCGCGACGGAUUUACCGCGUGCGGUCAUUAACCGGUGGUCGUCUGCUGUCGGAUAAUGCUGAGGUGGUGGCGGGGACCGGGGAGCAGUGCCUGCCCUUCGAUGAGCGCUGUGGCGACGGUGGAAAAGCCACUGAAGCUACACUUAUGAGCCCCAAAGGUAUCGCAGUGGAUAAAAACGGGCUGAUGUAUUUCGUGGACGCCACCAUGAUCCGCAAGGUGGACCAGAAUGGCAUCAUCUCUACUCUGCUGGGGGCUAACGACCUGACCGCCGUGCGGCCUCUGAGCUGUGACACCAGCAUGGACGUCAGCCAGGUGCGUCUUGAGUGGCCCACAGACUUAGCCGUGAACCCCAUGGACAACUCUCUGUACGUCCUGGAAAACAACGUCAUUUUACGCAUCACUGAGAACCACCAGGUGAGCAUUAUAGCGGGUCGGCCUAUGCACUGCCAAGUGCCGGGCAUUGACUACAGCCUCAGUAAGCUGGCUAUACACGCCGCCCUGGAGAGCGCCACAGCCAUCGCCUUGUCCCACACCGGCAUCCUGUACAUCGCCGAAACAGAUGAGAAAAAGAUUAACCGAGUGAGACAGGUGAGCACUAAUGGAGAAAUCUCUCUCCUGGCCGGUGCUGCCUCUGACUGCGACUGCAAGAACGACGUCAACUGCAACUGCUUCUAUGGUGACGAGGGCUACGCCCCCGACGCUGGCUUGAACUCCCCAACUUCCCUGGCCGUGUCCCCCGACGGGACUCUUUUUAUUGCAGACCUCAACAACAUACGCAUCCGAGCCGUGCGAGCGAACCGGCCCGGCCCUGCCCUCUCGAGCGUCGGGUACGUGGGAUCGGCGCAGUACGAAGUCGCGUCUCCGAGGGAGCAGGAGCUGUACGUCUUCAACGGGGAGGGGCUUCACAUCCAGACAGUCAGCCUCGUGACUGGGGAGCCGCUUUUCAACUUCACCUACAGCCCCGAUGGCGAGCUGGCCAUGCUGGUGGAUAACUGCAACAAUACUGUGAAAGUGAGGCGGGAUGGGCUGGGCCAAGGAGGAGGAGCCGGCCUGCUCAGACUGGUGCUGCUGCCUGAGAAUCAAGUGGUGACCCUUGCACUGGACCCCAGUGGGGGGCUGCGUAGUGUGUCAGCCUUGGGCCAAGAAGUGGCUCUGAUGAGCUACAGCGGCAACACGGGCCUCCUGGCAACCAAAGCUGACGAGACUGGAUGGACCACAUUUUACCAGUAUGACAGCGAGGGACGACUGACCAACGUGACGUACCCGACGGGCAUGGUGACAAGUCUGCACCGAGAGAUCGAGCGCUCCAUCAACAUCGACAUUGAGAGCUCGAGCAGAGACGACGAUGUCACCGUCAUCACCAACCUGUCCUCGGUUGAAGCCUCAUACACCGUGGUACAAGACCAAGUGAGGAACAGCUAUCAGCUGUGUAACAACGGGACCCUAAGAGUGAUGUACGCCAAUGGGAUGGGCAUCAGUUUCCACACAGAGCCGCACAUCCUGGCGGGUUCUGUCAGUCCAACCAUCGGUCGAAGGAACAUCACUCUGCCUACAGACAAUGGUCUCAACUCCAUUGAGUGGCGACUGCGCAAGGAGCAGACCAAGGGCAAGAUCACCGUGUUUGGGAGGAAGCUGAGGGCUCAUGGCCGCAAUCUCCUCUCCAUCGAUUUCGAUCGCAACACCCGUACGGAAAAGAUUUACGACGAUCACCGCAAGUUCACGCUGCGCAUCAUGUACGAUGCUCAGGGCCGGCCAGCUAUGUGGUUGCCCAGCAGCAGCCUGGCCGUAGUCAACGUGUCGUACUCCGCCACCGGACAGCUUGUAGGGCUGCAGAGGGGAAGCAUGAGUGAGAGGACGGAAUUUGACCCCCAGGGACGCAUCCUGUCUCGCUCUUUUGUAGACGGGAAGGUGUGGAGCUACAGCUAUCUUGACAAAUCCAUGGUGCUGCUCCUGCAAAGCCAGAGGCAGUACGUCUUUGAGUUUGACGCCUCGGGUCGAGUCACAGCUGUCACGAUGCCCAGUGUCGCUCGCCACACUAUGUUCACGCACGUGUCCGUUGGCUAUAUUCGCAACACCUACAACCCUCCGGAGAGCAACGCCUCCAUCAUCCACGAUUUCAGUGAGGACGGCAGACCUCAGGCCGUACAUUACCUGGGCACUGGGCGGCGUGUCCUCUACAAGUACGGCAAGCUAACAAAGCUGUCGGAGAUCGUUUACGACAGCACCGCCGUCACUUUUGGGUACGACGAGACAGCCGGCGUGCUAAAGAUGGUCAACUUGCAGAGCGGGGGUUUCUCCUGCACCAUCCGCUAUCGCAAAAUGGGCCCGCUUAUCGACAAGCAGAUCUAUCGCUUCAGUGAGGAGGGGAUGGUCAACGCGCGGUUCGACUACACCUACCAUGACAACAGCUUCCGGAUUGCCAGCAUGAAGCCGGUCAUCAGUGAGACGCCACUGCCUGUUGACCUCUACCGAUAUGAUGAGAUCUCUGGAAAGAUAGAACACUUUGGAAAGUUUGGGGUCAUUUACUAUGACAUCAAUCAAAUCAUCACCACUGCCGUUAUGACACUGAGUAAGCAUUUUGACACCCACGGUCGCAUCAAGGAGGUCCAGUACGAGAUCUUCCGUUCUCUCAUGUACUGGAUGACGGUCCAGUAUGACAGCAUGGGACGUGUGGUGAAGAGAGAGCUUAAGAUCGGGCCCUACGCCAACACCACACAGUACCGCUACGAUUACGAUGGAGACGGGCAGCUCAGUGGCGUCAAGGUGAAUGAUUGGUCUACCUGGCGCUACAGCUACGACCUUAACGGUAACCUCCACCUGCUGAAUCCUGGGAACAGUGCCCGGAUCUUGCCUCUGCGUUACGACCUCAGAGAUCGCAUUACGCGUCUGGGAGAUGUCCAAUAUCGCCUGGACGAAGACGGCUUCCUGAGUCAGCGUGGGACGGACGUUUUUGACUAUAACUCCAAAGGUCAGCUCCUGCGGGCGUACAACAGAGGUCCAGGAGGCUGGAGCGUUGUAUAUCACUAUGAUGGGCUCGGUCGCAGGGUGUCCACGAGGAACAGCCUGGGGCAGCACCUUCAGUUCUUCUAUGCUGACCUCAACCAUCCAACCAGGGUGACGCACAUCUUCAAUCACUCCAGCUCUGACAUCUCGUCACUCUACUAUGACCUCCAGGGUCAUCUCUUUGCCAUGGAGGUGAGCAGUGGAGAGGAAUAUUACAUAGCUUCUGACAACACCGGCACACCGCUAGCAGUCUUCAGCAGCAAUGGACAAAUGAUCAAACAGGUCCAGUACACCGCCUACGGCGAGGUGUAUCUGGACUCUAACCCAGAGUUCCAACUGGUGGUGGGUUUCCACGGCGGCCUGUACGACCCCUUGACGAAGCUGGUCCACUUCACCCAGCGGGACUACGAUGUCUUGGCUGGGCGGUGGACCUCACCCGACUACAGCAUGUGGCCCAAGAUAGGAAAAGAUCCCGCUCCCUUUAAUCUGUAUAUGUUCAAGAACAACAACCCACUCAGUGACAUGCUGGAUGUUAAAAACUACGUCACAGAUGUGAAGAGUUGGCUGGUAAUGUUUGGCUUCCAGCUCAGUAACAUAAUCCCAGGGUUCCCUCGACACUCGCUCUACUUUGUGGAGCCACCGUAUGAGCUGCAGGCCACCCAGCACUGUGAGAACGGACAGCUCAUAACCGGGGUGCAGCAAGCAGCUGAGCGGCACAACCAGGCCUUCAUGGCCCUGGAGGGUCGUCUGCUCAACAAGGAGCGUCGCAGGCGCAAGGACAAGCCUGGCCACUGGUUCGGCACCAGCACCCCCAUAAUAGGCAGAGGAGUAAUGGUGGCGCUGCAGGAGGGGAGAGUGGUGGCUGGCGUGUCGGCGCUGGCCAGCGAAGACAGCCGCAAAGUGGCUCUGGUGCUCAAUGGUGCGCAGUACCUCGAAGGCACGCAUUACACACAGGAUGGAAAGGACUGCCACUACUUUGUGAAGGUAGGCUCUGCUGACAGCGACCUGCUGGCCCUGGGGCUCACAAACGGGCGCAAGUCACUGGAGAGCGGAAUCAAUGUGACAGUGAGUGGGCGGUCGAGGAGAGGAGUGACCGUGGAGUUUGCAGUUCCAUCAUUAUUACUGAGCGUUCGGUACGGGCUCGCUGCAGACGUGCUGGACGAAGAGAAGGUAAGACUGUUGGAGCUGGCCAGGCAGAGGGCGCUGGCGGGGGCCUGGGCCAAGGAACAGCAGCGAGCUAGGGACGGAAAGGGAGGCAGUCGCCUCUGGACAGAAGGGGAGAGACAGCAGCUCCUAACGACAGGUCGAGUACAGGGCUAUGACGGCUACUACGUACUGCCUGUGGAGCAGUAUCCAGAACUGGCUGACAGCAGCAACAACAUCCAGUUUCUCAGACAGAACGAGAUGGGCAGGAGGUAACAGCCCACUGGAAGGGCGGACUCUUCCCACUCUCUCCCACUUUCACAUCUCGAGAUUUUGUCCCGGUUCCUUUUUUUUCCUCUUACCCUCCCUCCUCUUAAAACCCAUGGAGAUUUAACCAACAAACGGGGUUAUUCACGGAACGCUGCAGGGACUUUUAAAAAAGAAUGACUUACCAGACAACACAUUGUUAAUUUUACUGCCACAGGCAAAAAAAUAAAAAUACAAAUAAAAAAUACAGUUUAGUCAGUCAGAUUUUUUGUUCUGUUUUUUUUUUUUUUCUUCUUUUGAAAAAACUUUGAACAACUGAAAAAGCACUGAAGAACUUUGAGAACUGUUGCUUAAUGAGUAAGAAGAUUCCCCUUUUUAAAAAAGAUAGUGAUAUUUUUGCCCAUAUUUUUUGGGUCACACUGAGAGCGUCCAUGACAGCUACUGGUAACACGGAGGGUUUGCACUGCGGUGGCUUCUGCGAUCGAGGCUUAUCUGUCUCUAAUCGACGCUAGAGGCAAAAAAAACAAAAAAAAAGGGACCAAAGUGGAGGAGCACUCCAGAGUGCCGCCAUUAAAACUGCUCAUCAAAAGGAGGACGUCGUGCACAGCGACAGACACGGCAACGCUAAGAGUUGCCCACCACUAUGAGUCGUCUCCCUGUCUCAGGCCUCCCAUUGUCCACCUCGGACACCCAACCAAGCAACACGCGGGCUAACGGCAUCCUUGAAAAAUCCACGCUGUUAACAGACUACGAAGUAAACUUUUUAACAAAAACAAAGUCAAAAAAAUGUGAUGGCUAUAUUUGUGGACAGUGGUGUCACACGGCAUUGUUUAUUUUGAAACGGGGAAAAGAAUCAUACUACUUACAUAUGUGUCCGACUACACUGAAUUUCAGGAUGUUGCGUAUACUGUAGAUGCCGUAGUUUUGUACGUUCCAGUCGCGGUAGAAUUGUGAGACUUUCACAUAAGGCACUUCUGUACAGAACGAUCAAACACACCGAUCACAGAGUCCAGACAACAUGCUUACGUUAGUAUUUAUUUGAUUUUCUUCUUCUUUUUUUUAUUUAUUUAUUCUUAGUACUAUAUGACAAUCAUGAAUGAGUCACCAGUUCUAUUCAAUAUGAACAUUAAAUGGAUGAGUUUAUUUUCUUUUGUAAGAUAUGUAAGAAAUUGUUCAUUUUUGGGGUUUUUUUGUAUUCAUUUCCGUUUGCUGCCAGGGCAAAUAAUAGUCACUCUCAAAAAGAAUAAUUUAUGUAAUAAAGUGUUUUAAAAAAAAACAGUUUAUACUUUAAAUAAAGUCUUUAAAACUGUGAAAUCUGUUUUUUCGAAAUAUAUUUCGAUGUACAGUGUAUAGACUUACCUUUAUGCAGCACAGUAGAAUAUUGUUCAGAUUAUCAAGUUUUAUAUUUCUAAGAGGAAGUGGCUUGUAAUGUGCAAAAUCUUUAGCUGGUCUUACUACUCUAGAGUUUUGUGGCACUCUAAUACUCCAUAUCUACAAUAUCGACCCCCCCACCCCACCCCCAGUUUGUUGUUUUUGACUGGGGGUUGUUUUUUUUUUCUUUUUUGUUCGGAAGCUGUCCUAGAUCCCAACAGCAGUAGCAGUAAUGGAUCCCUCUCACUGUGAAGAGACUCGUGCUGGAUGUCAUAAUGUACCAAAUCAGUAUUAUCAAAGGAUGAUUCUUAUACAUUCGCUGAAAACGAGACUCUUCUGAGAAACCUUAUCAAUAAAACAUAAUUGUUUACUUCAGCCGAGUGACGUGUACUUCACUUUCAUCCCACUUUUCCGUUUGAAAACUACCGAUGUUACUCAUACGGAACAUCCUCAUUAUUUUAUGACAUGCAUUCGUAUUAGUUGUGUGAUGCUGAAAUGCAUUUCAAAGGUAUCUUUGAGCUUGUUGCUGGUACUGGAAAGUUCCAAUAAUUAAAACGGGCAGCCCCCACCCAGCCCUUUCUUUGUUAACUGUACAUCAUUUCCUUAGGUUUGUUCGGAAAAUAAGAGGUAAUUAACAGCAGUGUUUUAUAAACACACAGAGAGCUACCAUUUCCCUCUCGUCUAUGCUCUGGGGGGGGGGCUACAUUUUUUAUAUCUGCUGCCUCUUGACACUUACUCGGGCAUGUUUACAUAAGCUAAAGUAGAUGUGACAGCAUUUUGAAUGAAGGCUUAAUUAUAAAGGAGGAGCGUGCGGUCGCAGAUGAUAUCGCAGUGCCUUUGAUGAUGUUUCUUACAAAUUUAAAAGCCCCCAAAAAACACAACCUCAGACUCGAACCUGCACUUUCACUCUUAGUCUCCAGCAAUACACCUGCCAGGUUUGACAGGUGAAGUUGUGGUCUCCCUCUCUUUUUUUUUAGGGGUUUCUCACUGUUGCCAAGGCAAUUAUCGCAAUAAGGCACAGGGCAGGAUCUGAUAUAUCGCCAGCUCAGACAACACAGUUUAAAAAAUAUAACUCUGACAUCUUCAUGUCCAUGCCACCAGCAACUACUCUAGUAAAGGUUUCCUAUAAACAUUAAAAAUGUUUGUAUUAAUGGGUAUUAGUAAUGUGAUUAAAAUGUGUAGAAUUUACUGUCCAUUUACGCUCACUGCUCACUCUUUUAGGUACAACUUGCCAAUACCGGGUUGGACUUCCUUUUGCCUUCAGAUUUGCAUCAAGUCUCCAUGGCACAGACUAAAGAAGGUUCUGGAAAUAUUCCUCAGAGAUGUUGUUCCAAAUUGGCAUGACAGCAUCACAAAGUCCAUAAUGUAACUCUCCCAUUACCCCACAUCCCAAAGGUGCUCUGUUGGCUUGAGAUCUGGUGACUGUAGAAGCCGUUUAAAUACAGUGACCUCACUGUCAUAUAUUUAAGAAAGUAGUUUGAGGAGAUCUGAGCUUUGUGAAAAGAUGACAGCAGAAGAUGGUUAAAGGGACAAACAUGGUAAGCAAUUAUCCUCAGCUAAGCUGUGGCAUUUAAACAGUGCUAACGUGGUACAAGAAAAUAUCCCCCACACUGUUACACCAACAUCAGGCUGAACCAUUGAUACGAAGCAGGAUGAAUCCAUGUUUUUUUUAUGUUGUUUAUGGCAAAUUCUGACCCUGUCAUCUAAGUGUUGCAGCAAAAUCAAGACUCAUAAGACCACAUGGCAUUUUCCCAAUCUUCUAUUAUGAGUUGUAGCCUCAGUUUCCUGUUAAUAGCUGACAGGAGUGAUGCCUGGUCUGGUCUUCUGCUGGUCUUCUGCUCCAUCAACUUCAAGUUUUGGCAUAACGUGCAUUCAGAGAUGCUUUUCGGCAUACCUCGGUUGUACAGAGUGAGUUCAUUAGGGAGGCAAUAGUAACUCGACUAUUAGCUAUUAGGGGUCUAGCCAUUCUCGUUCAGCCUCUGACAUCAUCAAGGCUUUUUUCCCCACAGAACUGCUUACUGUAUAUUUUCUCUUUUCCAGACCAUUUUCUGCAAGCCCAAUGUUCUAUGGGAAAUCUCAGACUAGCCCACCUGGUACUAACAACCAUGCCACAUUCAAAGUCACUUAAAUCACCUUUCUUCCCACUCUGACCCUAGUUUGAACUAGGUCACGUCAGCCAUGUCUUCAAACCUAAAUGCUUCAAGUUUCCGUCAUGUUAUUGUUUGAAUGCAUAUUAGCAGUAAUAAGAACAUAAUAAAUUGCCCAGCCAGUGUAGGUUACAGCAGCAUAAGCACAAGUUAAACUUAUAACUUUAAAAAGCUUUGAAUGUCUUUUAAUUGAAACAGUUAUAAAUACUGUGGAGGCUAGCUUAAUGAGAAAUGUGAUACAAACUAUGGUUGAUUCACAUGUGAGCUCCCUGCUGUAUCCCACAAAUGAAGUGAAAUACAGUGAAAACUGUCUAAUGCUAUGUUUAAUGUGUAAAGUGAUAGUUUUCAUGCUCAAAGCUCACGACUUUUCAGUGAUGGCUCAUUCUUAGCUCAGCAGGCAGUUUGGGUGGGGAAAGAGUCUCCUUUUGUUACCACCAGUUGCAGUGAACUAGCUUAGCUGGCAACUGUAGUGGAAACAUUAAGCAGUAGUGCUUGCAGGUGAGUGUCAGACUUAUAUUUGAUAAAAACAAACAGAGUGGUAGUGUAACUGGGAAAAUGUUGCUACAAGGGAAUUUUAGCUUCACAGACUGUUUCCACAGUGCCCCCAAGUGGCCAAUUAGAGAAAGCUCUUAUAGGUGUAAGUAAA